ACCCUUUUUCAACCCGCUUAACCAAAUUCAUCCAUUCGGGUUUUUCUUGAACAACACUCCACCUUUUUCCAACAAAAACCCAAUAUUCUUCAUACCAAAACGCUAAACAGUAAACCCUGUGUGAAUCGAAAAUAAAAAAAAAUGGGUAGCAAUCAAGCAGCAUUAUCAAUCCUCAAAUACCUAGCAAUCGGCGCAACAACCAUCGGCGCCGCCGCAACUGCCGUCAAUUCCUCCCUUUUCACCGUCGACGGCGGUCAACGUGCUGUACUUUUCGAUCGAUUUCAAGGAGUGAAAGACGAAACUGUUGGUGAAGGCACUCAUUUUCUAGUACCAUGGCUUCAAAAACCUUUCAUAUUUGAUAUUCGUACUAAGCCUCAUACUUUUUCCUCCUUCUCUGGUACUAAAGAUCUUCAAAUGGUUAAUAUUACUCUCCGUGUUCUCUCUCGUCCAGAAGUUUCUCGUCUUCCCACUAUUUUCAAGACACUAGGACUCGAGUACGAUGAGAAGGUCCUUCCAUCCAUUGGCAAUGAAGUUCUCAAAUCUGUCGUGGCACAAUUCAACGCUGAUCAGCUUCUCACCGAGCGCCCCCAGGUGUCUGCAUUAGUUCGUGAGAGUUUGAUUCGUCGUGCAAAGGAUUUCAACAUUGAGCUUGAUGAUGUGGCUAUAACACAUUUAUCAUAUGGUACUGAAUUCUCUAGGGCUGUGGAACAGAAGCAGGUUGCCCAGCAGGAGGCAGAGCGGUCAAAGUUUGUAGUGAUGAAGGCUGAGCAAGAACGGAGAGCGGCAAUUAUUAGGGCUGAAGGAGAAAGUGAGUCUGCUAAAUUGAUUUCUGAUGCAACUGCAGCUGCUGGUAUGGGUUUGAUUGAGCUUAGGAAGAUUGAGGCUUCGAGGGAGAAUGCUUCGACCUUAGCUAAGACUUCCAAUGUGAUUUACUUGCCCAACCAGGGGGGGAACAUUCUACUGGGACUGAAUGCUGCAACACGCUGAUUAGUUAUUACACAAAUCUGUGCGGAAUUGGAAACUGAUGUAGUACAGAAUUGUUCUCCAAGGGAAUGUUAUGAGAUUAGAAACUGGAGAUCUUUUCUAUACUUAAUCGUGACAGGCUCAAGACAUAGCAGAACCUGUGUUGCAAGAAACGGUCUUCCUCUGUAGUAUAAUUAUGGAGAUUUUGAAGCUGACCGCCUCAUCAAUUCAUUAAAACCUAGUCAAUCUGGCGCCAAAAGGUAAGUUCUUAGGUUUUACUUACUAUAACCUAUAUAAUGGCCAAGUGGAUGAGUAGUUCUAAAUGAUGUUUUGUUACUAGCUAAUCCGAGUAAAGCUAUAAAAAGAAAUGUUCACUCCACAAGAUUCUGGUGGAUUUGGAAAUCACGCAGGGGUAUCCUGGUGAGCUGUUUGCUUUCUUUAUUGCUUCGCUAGCAAGCUUAUGAUUGUUAUAGUUUGGAUGUGAUUUCGAUUUUCUCUGAAGAGGUUGUGUCUUCGCUUUGCUACUACCUCUUGUGCAUUCAUCCGGAUAAACUUUUUGCUGUCCUUUUUGAGGUCACUGGUUCAGUUCGUGCAAUUCUAGUGGCAUUAAAAAUUAAGAACUUGUUUAGGGGAAGCACAAAUAAACACACAGUUUUCUGAUAGAAGAAUGUAUUUUAGGGGGGUGGGCGGAUGGAGAGCUCAUUUGAGGCUGCGUAGCAUAGGAACUUACUUCGUUUUGGUUUAAGAAUAAAGCAGCACUGGAGAUUUGACCUCUCUGUUGAAUUAUUCUGUAAUGUAUGAUUUUCUGGUGAUCUGUUUUGUUGAAUUAUUCUGGAAUGUAUGAUCUUCUUGGUGUAAUUAAGCAUGAACACGUAUCCUGUCAA